ACAAGUGAGAUUACAUUUCCAACUUAAUUUAAAUCUGUAUACGAUUACUAUUAAACUUUGUUUCCAGUCCUGCAACUAGUCAGACGGCGAAACCACACAAACAUGGAGGUGGCUGGCACUAUGAUCAAGAUUAUCGACCAUCAUCUGCAGGAUCAAAACGUGGUCAAAGUCUUGAAACAUUAAACAUGCUUCUUUAUUGCACCAACACCAGCUACAGUAUACAAGCACAACCUCUUCAAAGGGUCUAAUACGUGCUCGUAUUUUAAUGGCUUAUGUAUUAGUACAUGUUAAAUGUGGUACUUGUGAAAUAACAGUAUGUAAAAGUUUGUGUUUUUAUCCCCUGCAUCAUGUGUUAGCAUACGUACAAACAUUAGGUUGAAUGGAUCUGACUCUGGCCAGUAUUUGCUGCCAUGUCUUGCCCUGACCUAACAUAAACACACCUUCCUGCCUGUGUGUGUGUGACUAUUUGCCUCUCUGGGUCCUAGGCAGCGUUUUUCCAGAACGCUCUGGGAGGGAGAGGCUGCAGAGCAUGAAACAAUAGGUGUGAUGUCCCACGUGAUUGUGACAAAGGGAGUGUGGAAGCCUGCGUGUGACCCAGAGCCAUUCCAAGUGGUGGUUGGGCUGAGCACAGAGCAAGGCACAUUUUCAUUCUGGUGACGGCUCAUCUGGUUAGUGGAGUCGUGUUGACUUUGGGCAGUGGGGUGUAACAGGAAGAAAUGUGCCGCCUAUCGCUGAUGCGAGUGAACUCGUACUGUGACAGAAACAUGGAGCCCCAUCCAGGGAGCCCGUCCCGAAGUGUCUCCACUAUGUCACUGUCCAUCUGCUCCGUCAGACGCCUUGGUGCCAUAUCUGUAACCAGAAGCCAGAGUUUCAAUGGAAUCACCACCUAUGACAAGCCCUAUAGGAAUCUGUCAGUGUUGAACACUCCAUGUCUCAGCAGAAAGCCCAGCAGAUCCAGCAAAAUGUUCACUAUGUCCACCAAGUCCAAUCUGCCACCUAAGAUUCCUCAACCUGAGCGAGUGGAUCAGGUCUACGAGGCGCUGAAAAGAGGCCUUCAGUGCUGCCUGCACGUUUACCAGAUGGAUUUGGACAACCUGAGCAAACAGAUGAAAGAAUCAAAGAGGAACUCCAGACUUGGUUUCCUGUAUGAACUGGACAAGCAAGUCAAGGUGAUUGAGAGGUACAUAAGACGGCUGGAGUUUCACCUGAGCAAGAUUGAGGAGAUUUAUGAAGCCUAUUGUCUGCAAAGGAGACUCAGGGAUGGGGCCAACAAGAUGGUCAAAGCGUAUAAUGCCUCUCCAGGUAGCAAGGAGGCCAGAGAAAGCUUAGCUGAAGCCAGUAAAGGAUACAAGGAGUACACAGAAAACAUGUGUGUGUUGGAGUGUGAGCUGGAGAACCACCUGGGGGAGUUCCACAUCAGAAUGAAAGGUCUUGCUGGUUUCGCUAGGUUGUGCGCUGGGGACCAGUAUGAGAUCUUUAUGAAGUAUGGUCGCCAGAGGUGGAAGCUCAAAGGCAGAAUCGAGAUCAACGCUAAACAGGUGUGGGACAAUGAAGAGAUGCUGUUCUUUCCCCUUAUCAACGAGUUCCUCCUUGUCAAGGUAACGGAACUCAAGAGCUUAGCCAAUCACGUGGUUGUAGGAAGUGUUUCCUGCGAAACUAAAGAUCUGUUUACGGCACUAACCCAGACAGUUGCUGUGGAUAUUAAUGACCUUGGGACUAUUAAGCUAAGCCUUGAAGUUACAUGGAGUCCAUUUGAUAAAGAUGACCAAGGGUCAGUGGCCAGCACCGUUUACAAAGCUCCAACCAUCAGUAAGAGAUCUUCAACAAUCUUUAACCAAAGCCUCCCGGACACACCAUCACUACGUGAACAAGCCUUUUAUAAAAUGCUCUGUCGUCAUGAGGAGUUUGAGAAUGGAGCAGCCUGGUCAAAUUCAUCUGAAUCCUCAGACGACUCUUCUAGUCCUCAGAUGCCUGUAGGAGGAUUACGCAGCUCUACACAACAUAAGGCAGCUGAGGUUAUAAAAGGAGGUUCCUCUGCACAUCCUCACAUCUCAUUUUGCUCUGGAGACUCCUCGUCCUCAACGCUCAGCUCCACGUACAAAGUCAACAGUGUCCUGGAGGAUGACAAACCUAAAGAGCAAGCACAAAGCAACAGGAUACAUGAGAACACUGGGGCGACAAAAGCUGACGAUGAUGAAGAGGAUGUAGUCAAGGAGUCUUCCAGUGUGACAGUGGAUGAGGAUGUUACCAACAGUCACACCUCACACAGCUACUUGCGCUCUCUAAGCCACAUAAGUGAAAGCAGCGCUGACAGCGUUGUGUUGAAGGACAGGUCAGGCUGUGAAUCAGAGGAGGUAACAUCUUUGGCUUCUGGGAUUUCAAUCAAUGACAUUGAAAUGGCGAUACCCAACAGAAGUCCUGAGCCAGCACAAGUAGGUGGCUCGGUGACUGAUGUGUUAAAAAGAACCGGUGUCAUGGAAACAAACGUGCAUAAUAAGGGAUCAGCGCAGUUCACAGAUGAGCAGGAUACAUCUGCGUAUGGUCUCACAUCUUCCUCUCAGAGUUAUGAUGGAAUAUGCCCUAAUUCUCCAUCACCAAUCAACACACACGCAGAUGUAGGACGCUCCACACUGCCAGAGGUCUGGGAUGAGACAUUUGUGGCCCGACGGGUGCCAGUGGUGGAGGAGGUGUCGGGCACAGAGAGUGAUGGUCCAGGGGACAGCGGGCUUAAGGACGCCCUGGGAGUGGUGCUGUCUUCUCUGGAUGAUUACAGAGGCCAGUUUCCUGAGAUACAACUACUGGAGCAAGAACUAAAGUUGUUGCAGGUCACACUACAGGGUGGCAGACAUAGCCGCUCACCUAGUGUGGUUAGUCUCAAUGUGAAAACAGCUCUGGGCAGCUUUGAUUUCCUCAACAUGUGUGACGGGGAGGAAGAAGAGGAAGAAAAGGGUGAUGAGCGGAGUAGAAAUGGAAGGUCUCUAGAAAGCAUGGGCUAUGGGAACAUGCCUUACUCCAACACCUCUCCCCUCACCACCGGCUGCACCACCCUAGACUGUGCUCUGAUGGUCCACUUGAGGAACUGCAAUGCUCAACUGCUGUGUCUGGGUAUGUUUGGACCUCUGCGGUGUGGAGAGAUGUAUGCUUUAGACCGACUGCUGAGAGAAGGCAGAGUGCUCAAAUUAAUCAGACACGUUAUCGAGGACAACCCGAGACGCAUGAGACAACCCAGUGAAGUUGUACCACAGCUGGACCAGUGUCUGGGUGCUGUGUCGCUAUGGAAGCACUGUGUGGGCCAAGCUAGUGUGUACAGUGUCUCUGCUGAGAGCUUCCUGGUGACACUGUGUACGACCUACGGCAGCACACUGCCUGAGAGGGCAGGCAGCUUAGCUGACACAGUCUUCUUAAGUCUGGUGGAACGAGUGCUGGAUCAAAGGCUUCCACGGCGAAGAAGCAGCCGAGACGACGUGAUGGUGACACUGUUCCAGCUGUGGAGUUAUUUAGAGGCCAAUGGCAUCAGUGACAUCAAAGCACACAUCAUGGAGGUGGCAGAAGAAGUGUGGCUGGUGCACAGGCUGGCUUCAGGAAACCAGGAUGUGAUUGUCCAAACUCUGCGGCAACCUGCAGAGAGCAGCCUUGGGAGAGAAGGACUUCACGCUGUGGUCAAAUUACUGGGAGACCCAAGAGGCAAAGUGUCAGCUGCCACCAGUUCUUUACUGAGAAGUCUGGCUGCACAACCCAAACAAAGAGAGCUGGCUUUGGUCAGCUGUUUGGAGCUGCUGGAAGAUGAGAAUGUGGAAAUGAGGGUGUGUGGAUGCAAGGCCUUAUCUUGUCUCAAGGCCAAAGAAAGCAUUGACCAGCUAGUGUAUCUGUGUAGGACAGACAAGGAUGAAGUCAGGGAGGCUGCCAAACAAGCACUACUACUGCUUGGUAAUGCAAACAUUCUUGUUUUCUGUCUUUUUACUAUGAUUAUUGAAAUCCUUGAUAGGUUUGUUGUUCUUGAUUCUGUUGUUUUGUGUUGUGUGUGGAGCAGGUGAGGAAGGAAAGAUGGCACACAGACAUGUUGAAAUGUCUCAGGACAGCAUCCCAAGUAUUUUCGCCCCAGGCAGCAUGGCCAGCACUGCUUUCUAACACACUGUCAAAGGCACAAAUAUAGACAAACUUACUUUAAGUCUAUUUUUCUUUUGUGUAAGUGCCAAAGAUUGUAAAAAAAAUUAUAUAUCAUUAUAUCAUUUUUUAUAUCAAAGUCUAUUUUACCCUAAUAUGAGUGGCUGAAUGGUGAUAUGCUUGCAAAUACUGAAUAUUGUAUUGCAUUAUUGUCAAAACAUAGUGUAGUAUGUUUCAAAUAAAACAGAUGUAAAAGAUAGAAAUAUAUUCUAAUACAAUGCACAAAUAUAAGAACGGUUGAGAUUAUCUAAUUUACAUAAUACUGUAGAUAGAAAUUACAGCAAAUCUGCAUUACAAAGACUGCUGAAACAUAUGUUUUAUUUGAUUUACAACACUAUGCAUAGACUUCAAAGUUGACGAGUCUUCAACCUAUCAUUAGACUGUACAGUAACACAGAACCCUCAUUUACUUGUUUUGAGUAACAUUAUGAACUUAUUGCACUUUUUCAUAUAAAUUCCUUUUUACUGAAAGAAUAAUACUGCUGCCAUGAACUCAAUGAAAUUAACGGGGAUUGUUUUAGUCAGUGAUUCUGCUUAAUGGUCAAACAAACGUUUUACAUUUUGUGUACAUUUUACUGUAUGUGAUGAUAUGUAAGACAAAAAACUAAAUCACACGUUGGGUUUGUGCAGAAAAAUCUAUAUUCCUGACCCGUUUCCACUGAGCUAUAUGGUGCUUAGCAGAGUUGCAGCAUGGCCAUGGGUUCACGUGGUCUUUCCAAGAUGUACGGUGCAUUUAAUCUCGACUGCUGGGAUCAGCUCUAGGCCUGCUGAAAACAUUAUGAAAAGUGAAGAUAGUGACCUAUAGCCAUGUUGUUUUGCAGAGGCACAGUUUAGUGUGGACAUCAGUUUGCAGGCUGGUGAGCAGGUUGCCUUCACUGUGUUGCAGGAAGCAAACCAUAGACAAUAUAGCUGUACAGAAGAAGACUUUAUUUAAGGCUGAAAACACUGAUGCUGUGAAAUGUCUUUUCAUUCAAGUGAUAAACUAAAGGCCUUCCAUAUUUUUCCUCAAAGAGCUUUAUGGUUACUGUUGGCUGGUAAAAACUCUAGGUGUGGAUUAAGGUAUGAGUGUAUUACUCUGCACUAAAUAUUGCUGAAUGAAUAACAUUUUUUCUUUAUAGGUGUAGUUUUUUAAUGACUUGUAUUUCUACAUUAUGUUGUUAGAUGGACUUUGUAUUGUCAUUCAUUUGUCUUACAUGACACGAUAAAUGUCCAAAUCACAUGAAUGAACGAAAUGUGACAUGUCUAGUGUGAAGAACCUUAACAAUUAAAAUAUAUAUUAUUGGCACAUUA